AUGGCUUCACUCGUGCCUCUACCGCUGUUUGCCCCAGCCUCUGAAACAUGGGACUCCUACCUUGCUUGGUUCGACUGCUAUCUCCAAGCCAACGAGCUGACGGAAGUACCACAGGAGCAUAAGCAGGGCCUAUUCCUCAGCCUCUGUGGGCCUGAGGUGUUUGAGACGGCCCAAGCAUUGGUUGCACCUGUAGCAGUCCAGGCAGCACCAUGUGACACGAUUAAAGAGAAGCCCUGCAACCACUACACACCAAAGCCUUCCAAGAUUGCUGCCCGCCAUGUGUUCUACCACCAGAACCAGGCAGAGGGGAAGUCAAUCAACAACUACCCCACCGCCCUCUGA